AUGAACAGAGAACCUUUGAUAUUUAAUGGACCAUUGUGCGCACCUCUUGCUUACGAUCCAUCAUUCAAAGGUUUGUGAGGUUUUUCAUCCAUCACCUUGCUCAUUGUUUACGCUUUAUAAUUCAGCUGUUUUGGUUUCGAAUUUUAGUGGAAGUUCGACUCCACGAGCCACUUUGGAAAGUCCAGUUUUCUCCAGACGAUGUAGCCAUCGAGAUUUUAACUUUGUGCUCUCAGCUAGAGCCACUUUGCAAGAAGGAAUAUGCUGUAAGAAAAAAAAGUUUGUUUAUAUUACUUUUAAUUAUUGCGUAAACGGUGCUAUUCACUCAAGCUUACUGAUAUACAUCCGUUUUAUUUUAAUUGAAAGAAAUCAUGCAGAAGAAUAAUGAUAGGUGUGUUUAAAAUAGCCUUAAAGCGUGAAAAAGGUGUCUUUUCCAGAUUCUUUCAAUAAAUUCUUCUAAAUGAGAGUGCUCUAAUUUUUGUUUACUUUGAAAUUUAGACAACAUUAGGGAAGAUUGAUGCAGCCCACAAAGUGGAAUACCAAAACAAAUUUGAGCCAAAAGGUUUGUUUGAUAGUUAGCGGCACCGACAUUUUACCAAUGUGCCGGAAAUUUCUCCCUCUAGAAGUAUGCAGCUAUUAAACCUAAGGGUUGUGUGGAUACCUUCCCAGAAUAAUCUGCGGAGAGUGCCACUCCUAAGGUUAACAGGAGUUCUGGAAAGAUUUGAGUACGUGCAAAAGGGCCUUUGUUUUGUUUGUCUUGAUCACCAAUCAGGUUGAAGGGGAAUUCAGGGUAAUUCGUUGAGUCCUUUGGGGGUCCAGAACCAGGAUUUGACAGAAUAAUCACAGUUUAGUUAGACUGCCACCACUCCCUGUGGCAUGGGGAUAAGCCAUUUACCAGCUCACCUCAUAAUUACCAUUUUUAUUACCUUAAAUCCUCUAUUAAGCCCCUAAGGGCUUAUUAGCAUGCGAGCAAGCUCUCCAUUUUGUGGAAAUCGUGAAAAGUACACACACGAGUGGCACGUGAGGGGAGUCACGACACAACGGGGAAGAGAAAGGAGAGCUUGCAACGAUCUCCCCCUGAAUAAAUUUUCAUUUCCACCUUGGAAACCCCAGGACUCCGCAAAGCGUGAAAACUGUCAUCACAAACGUGCCAACUGCCUGUCAAGUUUACUUUUGAAUCGAGAUGUUUUUGCCGUUCUUCCAAUGAGUCACCACGCAAUUACGCCAAACGAGCCCUUCUGCUUUGAGGGCUGAAACAAGUCCUCGGUUCCAAUAUGACGGGCCUGAGAUCCAAAUUUGACUUUAAAAUUUUAAUGAACAACCACACAGAUGGCAGUUAUCUCUUACAGAAGGAGAUAGCGAUUUUCUUAUUUUGCCGGUUUUCUUUUUCCGAGUAAGUUCAGUGAUCGUCAACAUAACAUGGGUUUUGUCGUGUCUCUACAUUUCCCACAAAAAUUUAGGACAGGCCAGCUAGGCCUGUUAUCAAUCAACUUUAAUUUCCGGAACAUCAUUUUUCAGCCGGGUAUUUCCCUUUGUCUGGGCGAAGUACAAAUGAAAAUUUAUGAGAGAUCGUUGCAAGCUCUUCUUCUUUCUUCGGCCCUUCGUGGCUUCGCCGCUCACUCGCUCAAUCUCGCCCAAAUAAGAGAGCUUGCUUGCAGGUUAAGGGCUUAUUUAUUUGAAGUUUAUUUGAUGGGGGAGCUUUUUAGAGAAAGGUGGCUUAUGGACUUUUGACUUACUGGUAAGCAACCAGGUGGUUUGUAGUGGCCAGCCCCUGGAUUUUCUUGACACAGGAUAUAUACCCACCUAGGGACAUCAGUUAUUUUGACAUAAAGUCAAAUUUUGCAGGUAAUGUGAUAAAACUAUCAGUUAACAACAUGAAAUGGACUGGUUUCUCAGAUGCAACCUGCACUUUUGUUCUUUAGAUUUUGAUUUGAAUAUUUCAUUAUGGGCCCAAAGGUUACUGGGAUGUUUGCGGGGUGGGGGUAGGGGGUACUGCCAUGCAUGGGCUAUAUAGCAAUUGUGCCAGUGGGAAUGGUAUGGUUAUUAAGUGGUUUACUCUGGGAUAGGGUAUAUAAGUGAGAGAGUUUGGGACUACAGUAGGGUAUCAUUUUCCAGGAAACUGAUCAGUCAGUUGAAGAUUUUAGUCUAGAGUAGCCUCAAACUGGGAAUUGUCGCUCAAAAAUAUAGAAAAACAAAAUCGGUUUUGUUUUGGCUGGACUAUGCUGGUGACCUCAGCAGUUUCUGGAAGACAGCUACUCUAGGAUAUGGGGGGAUUUUGGGAGUUUAGUCUAGUAUAGAGUAGCAAAACUCAGCUAAACUAGCUCUGGUAUAGGCUAAGGGUUCCAGGGUCCCAGCAGCACAUCCUCACCCAAAAAUUUCUGAAGUACUUCCCCCCCCACCCUGGAUGUUUGAGAGAAGGACAUGUAAAAAUAAUUUUCCUUUUGGACAUGUAUGUCUUAUUGUAGAGUCUCAAAGUUUUGUAUAACAUGAACAGAAAGUUCUGAAAGUUUGAUCAUUAACUUUGUUUCCUUUUUUCUAACAGCUCAAGUAGUCUUUGAAAAAAUGAGGGAAAUGUUACAUUUUCUUCCUGACCCAAGACCAUCACUUACAGUAAGUGGAUUUUUUUUUUGAGUAGUAGAGCAUUAUUAAAUUUGUGUGCAAUUAAAUUACACUGAUUAUCAUUCAAAGUAGCAAGUGUAUCUCAGCGAAGACUACCUCGAAAAUUCCCAUGAAAAUCCCAUGAGAUUAGCCGGUUUUUCUGCAAAUUUGUCCCUGAAAAACCCUGCAAAAUUUAACUUUUUUCUCUGCAACCUAUCGGAAGCUUUGCCUUAGUGCUGAGAAACAACAAUAAGUGGUUUAUGAUUUCCCUUAUUUAUUUAUUUUUAUUUUUUGCAAGUAGCUGUCGCUUAGCCAGACAGCAGUUUUUGCUGGUUUCUGGUGUUUCUGGAGAACUGAAAUGCGAUUUAUUUUAACUGAUAUAUUUUUACAUAACUUCAUUUAAAUAUUUGCUUUCAUAAAUCGUUUUUUUUUUAUCAGGAGUACCUUCGGCAGACUGGACUUUCCUUACUCUUUCCAAGGGUCACAUCCUACUUAACAAAUCCAGAAAGGCCGGCUUUCCAGAGCCAUAAAUCUUCUAUGGAUGGUACUGGAAUUACUUUUCAUACUAAAGUUUGUUUUGCAAUAACAGUACACUGACUAAACCACCUUGCGCAGCAUAAUAAACAGAACCAUGCAAAAGUAUUACUUAGUUAACUUUCAUUUGAAUGGUUUUACUUUAGGAUUUUUUUAUGAUAAAAUUUAUUUUUGUUGCAAUAAAAAUAUGUACAGUGAGCAAAAAAUAAUAAGUACAAUUUUGCCUAGAGACUGACUAUACAGCUCACUCAACCACCUUGUACAACAAAAUAAACAGUACCACAGAAAAAGUACUGCUUAGUAACUUUUACGUAGCAUUUCAUCUACUGACCCAAAAGUUAGAACCACCUUGUACAGCAUAAUAAACAGUACAGCAGGAAAGUACUGCUCAGUAGCUUUCAUUUGAAUGGUUACUCUUGAGGAUUUCAUCCACGGACUUGAAAGUUAGAACCACCUUGUACAGCAUAAUAAACAGUACCACAGGAAAGUACUGCCCAGUAACUUUUAUUUGAAUGGUCACACUUUAGGUUAGGUUUGGUCUUAAACAUUGAGGGUUCCUUAUAUCGAAGACCUUGAUAUAACAAAUUUUUUGGAAAAGAAGCAAAACGUUCGUUACAGCUAGGUAUGGUUAAUGAUCAAUUUCCUAAGCCCUGCAUUUCCGGAUUUGGACAAUUUCUGUAAUUAAUAACAUUUGCAUAAGAAGCCAUUGUCUCAGUUCACAGCUGUACAUAGCUAUGGCACUAGAAACACAAGAAAGGCUAAAAAAAAACUGCUUAAACUACUGUACUCAUUCAUUUUAUCCCUGUUGGUCUGUUUUGCAUUCAUCUUUCUUUUUAGCUAUCUUUCAAUUACAUGUUAAUCUUGAUUCGUUGCAAAGGUACAUUUUACGUUUGCAUUUUUGGAUUGUGUUUCUUAUAAUGAGGAUUUUGUUAAAUCAAGGACCAUUAUACCAAGGGUCUGUUCGAUACAUUUUAUUGUAAUUUUGGGCGGGCUGAAAAAAAUUGUUUGUUAUAUAGAGGUUCAUUAAAUCGAGGUUCCACUGUACUUUGAAAGCACAGACUCCUUGCUACCUUUCUAAAAAAUAGAAGAAAAAUAUAGAACCGAAAGAAAUCCCAACUGUUUGAUACCUCAUGAUCGUCUACUUGUUGUACUUGGGAACUUGAAAUAUCUUAGUCACAGCCCUGAUUGUGUGUCAAGGUACAACUUUUGUGUUUUCACGUUAUAGGUUAUUUCCAGCACCUUGGGAUGUUGAAUCAGCUUAUUACUCUGAGUCACCAGCUGAACAGUGAUGCAUUCAAUCUUACAAAUCACAAGUACAUGGCUCAUCAAACGGCACAGCUCUAUGUGAGUGUCCAUGGCAUUUUAUUGUAAAGUCUUUUUUAGUGUAACUUGUGCCGUUUGUAUUAAGCAAAGUGCAAAUUUAGAAUGCAAGGUAUAAAGCUAAAGGUCUUUUCUUUAUGUCGGUAACUGGUAAUGCAGUACUCCAACUUACAAACCUGAGGCAAAUAUGGUGCACUCAUUUUACAGGAGCACCCAACGACUGUUUCCUGAAAAAAUCUGUUGGGAGAAGCAAAAAUCGCCCAGAAUUUUCUGUAGCUUAAGGCAGGCUAACAAUUUCUAGAUGACCAUCCCAUUCAUGAAACAUUUUUCAGAGUAUAUCUAAUAAAUUCCCUACUAUUUUCUAAAGAUAAUUAAUUUUUCGCUUAUAUUUUCACUCCCAGGACAAGCUAUUUUUUGUACAAAAAGGAAACCUAAAAUUUUCAGAUUCAAAAAUGCAAUACAAAAAGGAAAUAUCAGAAAAAUUCUUUCUUCCCUAAAACUUUAAACUGCAUCUAAAAUUUCACGAAAACAAUACUGUAGCCCUUGUAAUUUCGAAAAGACUCAAGUUUGCCUAGGAUGACCAAACAGAUACAAAUUUUAUAGCACCGCUUAGAAUGCAUUUCUAGAGAUGUAAAAGUACUCUGGAUAGCCUAAAAGGUUUUUUCAAUGCAUUUAAGAGGAAACCGUUGUUGGGUGCCCCUGAUUUUACUCCCCUUAAUUCCCCUCCCUCUCUAUCAGUGCUCCAUUUUACAGGUAUUUAAACCUAUUUUUAAUAAUGCUAUAAAGAAAGGAAAAAAGUCGAAGAAAGGAUUUCCUCACCUGGGAAUUAAACUCAAAACCUCUCGCACAGAAAUCCUUGCUCCAUUGAAAACAGAACAAGCAGUUUAUGUGGUCAUGCCGAGAUCAACUUGUUUUCAUAGCAGAGCAAACUUAGUUAAUUGAUUCAUCCUUACAGGAUCAACUGUAACAUUUGAAAUUUCAACCACAUUACACCAUUUGUAGUUUUUUUUGGCAAAUUGUGUUAAGUGCUACAUGUGACUUAAGCGCUUUUAUCUCAACAGCAAUCUGUGAAUCAAGCAGGUCCCCCUUUAGCAGACUACAAGAAAAAUAUUGAAUCAAAUUUCAAGAGUUUGAAAGCUGGCUUAGCUCCAAAGGACAAAGAAUCAGUUCCAAAACUUCCCCAAAACCAGAAAGAGUGGUAAGAAUCAAAAUAAUUAAUUGUCUUUGUUGACAUAAUGAAUGUGAUAUUUGUCACUAGUUAUGAUAACCAGUUUGAGCCAGCUCUUAGGCCAGGAGAACACAGUGUUCAUUAGGUAUCAGAUAUCGGAGAAUUCUAUGCACUAUGCAAAAUUCUCUUCCAAAUUUUUGAUAGCCUAUGACUAUUUUUAUAUUCAGGCGUGAAGUCUGUAAUUUCUGUAAUGUUACACCUUUCUCCUGCUACUAGAAUAAUGAUAAUUAUUCUUAGUCUCUUCAAGGCCAACAAUGAUUUUCGGUAACAAACACAACUGUUUGGAUGCCCAUCAAUGCUAAAAAUAUGAUUUUUUACAUUAAUUUUUUAAUUCUAAAAGCAGUUAUAACAUCAGGAAAAAUAAUUCAACCCUGCAAAAAUCUGAAAGAGAGUAAUUAAGUUGAGAAUCUUGGCCGGAAGGAAGCAGACUAUAUUUAUUUUAGCAACAAAAAAAUGUAGCCAUCCUAUAAUCUUGUGCGAAACAACUGAGUAAAAAGUGCUUCUUAAGAAACGCAGUUAACAAACUUGCAUUGCCUAAGCCUCAGACAGAGUAUCUGAAGUGCAGCUUUUCAUACAGUGUAUAGCGGUGCUGCCUUGUGGAAUCCUCUGCCACUAGACCUUAGGGAAUGUGACUCCCUGGGAGUUUAAAAUAAUCAGGGCACCCAACAAGAAAAUAGUUCAAAACCACUUAAACAUAGCAUUGUUAGACGUAUUUAAAUAUUGCAACGGUAGAUAUGGGCAUAUUUUUAUCCCCUAAAAAUUUUUCAUCUGUUUGGAUUUCCUAGCUGAAUGUCUAGUGAUCCGAAAAUUAUAGGGAUCAAAACUUAACUUUUCAAAAAUUUCAGCCAGAAAAAAGGCUCCUGAAAAUGAAAAAUGGGGAAUUAUACCAUUUUUUAGAUGUUCAAAAAUCCUAGGAGAGGCAGGCAAGCAAGAAAUUUUACAAAAAUGUUCCAAAAUUUCUGGAUCUCAAAUCAUCUUCCAAAGAGAUAUUUUUCGAAAAUUGAUGUUGGGUGUCCCUGGAUAAUAAACUCAAAACUUACUCUUCUUCCUUAUUAGGCUCCCACACAGCAAUCAUGUGAAUGAGUUAGAUUUUAAUAGUUUACUUUUAUUUAGUAGUAUAGUUUUUUAACUGAUGAUUUUUCAUGUAUAAAUAAGUUUAAAAAAAACAUCCAUCCUUAAUUCCCUCUAAUGUUUUGUUCUAUUUCUUCCUAUAGGGUCAAUAGCAUCACAGCCAAUAUCCUGGAUGGGGUUCAGUCCAUGCCUCCAAGUCUCACUCAGCCUAUGAUCUCUGCUAUGACGUUUGUAGAACAGCAGCGUUAGCUAGGAGAUUAAUAUUAAUGAUAUAAUCCUUUUACUCUGAGAGUCAAUGCAACAUUGCAUGAUGACAUCCUUUUACUACUGCAACCACAAUUCUUCAUGCAAAUGGCCUAUUAAUCCUUCAAGCCCCAAAUAUCAACAUGUGUACUCUCCUCAUUGUUUUCAAUAUGUUUUUUAUUGUACUUCUUGAGAGAAUUAGCUCAAACAUCAAGACAUUUCUUAAUCAUCAGUGCUGAUCAUUCCAUUCAUUCCCCUGACCUGUACAUUUGAUUUAGUGGCAGUAAUAUUGUUAGCAAAAAUUUAAUACUGGUAAGUAUUGGGGCUUAAAGUGUGUCAGAGUAAGGCCAUAAGUGACUCUUAAUGCACUGUUAAAUCCCCGUUCUUUCACAAGAGAGAAGGAGAAUCUGACAGUUUAUCAAAAGUCACUAAUACUGUGGAACCUCGAUAUAAUGAGCCUCUAUAUAACGAAGUCCUCGGUAUAGCGCACGAUUUAAUCUUUACCCCAGUAAAAGAAAAAUGACUUGUAUGGAAAAGAACGUCAAUGUAAGGAACAUAAUAUUUUUCCAGUCCCUUGCCCCUUCAUUAUAUCGAGGUUCCACUGUAUCUUUUUUCCAAGAUCCUGUUUAAUUAUGUGGACUUACGCAAAGGUCUAACUUUUUAUUCAGAGCCAGAAUUCUUUAGUGUGUCAUUUUAAACGAAAGCCCUUGCACUGCCCUGUCUUCUGGGGCCCAUCUCUUGAAAGUUCCAGAUAAUGUGUUGUCUUGUUUUUUAACCAUUAAGUCCAAAUAAUAGUGACCAGCAGCCAAUUUCUCCUAACAAUAAUACUGCCUGAUUAAACAUACCAGUCAUGGAAAUGAAUGAAAUGAUCAUCACCAAUGAUGGAAUGUCUUGAUGUUUGAACAAAUUCUCUCAACGAGUACCAUAAGGAAUGUAUGAAGAACAGCAUGGAGAAUCUGAAUAUGCAUAAUUGAUAUUCAAAUUGGGGCUUUAUCUCAAGGGCUAACUACUGUCAGAAGCAAGAAUGUUUUCCGUUCAAAGAUUAUGCAUGCAAACAGAACAAACAGCAUUGCGCCUAAGGCCUUUAAACAUUUAAGCACUAACAUUACAACUUGACAACUUUCACCAAAAAUUUUCCGCAGUGUAGCUGGCCAAACUUUUGUGUAUUUUCUUGCGAUAAUGAAUUGUUUUAAGCACCGUGGUGAAACUGCCAAAUGUUAAAGUGUUCUCUAAGUAAUAAAAAUGUUAAUAAUGUAUUGUGUGCAUAUAUCGAGGUAAGACUGUCAGUAAUGUAAUCAUAGUAUUUAUAGCAUAGUUUGGUCACACAGAAAAGUUUUGAUGGGAGCAGAUACAUGAUAAACUAAAUUUGACCUUAAAAUGUUAAUGCGUUAAUACACAAGUACCGUUCAUAAGUAAUGAGGUUUGUAAACAUACAAUAGACUGUGUAUUUAAGAUCAUAGUUAAUGGUGAAAAGAUAAAUCUUUGGACUUAUUUAUUUUAGCUUAGUGUAAUUUGUGUAGUAAAGAAUCAAAGAACUUGAAAUAAAAGGUUAUGCCAAC